AUGAAGCGCUCUUCGCAAGAUGCCGACUUAGAGGCCCCACGGCCACAUGAACGUCGACCAUCCCUCGUUCCUGACGGACGGCCUGCGCCACCCAAGAUCUCCAAGGCCCGCGCUUGCGCGGAGUGUAAGCGUCAUAAAAUACGCUGCGAGUUCAAGUCAGGCGAGGCGAGUUGCACAAAAUGCAUUCGCAGCGGGAUCAAAUGUGUAGUCAAUGACUUCUCGCAGAAGUUUGUCGACGAUGAUGUAAUGUGGAAAUCACAAGCAUCGGCUACCAUACAACAGCUUCAAGCGGCAGUCUCGCAUCUUCUACAUCAAGGAGGUCUUCCAGAUCUAUCGACCUUCAUCUCUGGUGACACCCAGAACGGCCCCAGUCCUGUGGCAUCUCAGUCAGAGCGUCGUUUCUCAUCCGAGGCCUCACCCACCGAUGUCAAACCCAGGGAGCCGGGUAUUGUUAUGGAUGUGACCCGAGAGCCUUCCCAGGAACCAGACCUACAAGACCGAGAGCUAGUACCAGCACCAAUGCGCAGUCUAUACGAGGUCACGAAGCUCCGCAACUUGCGGAACAACCCCAUCGAACAACCGAAGCUGACACUUCUGGAGGAGGACUUCAUCUCCAGAGGGCUGAUUUCGCUUCAUGAAGCCGAAGAGCUGUUUGCCUACUUCAGCAGGACUAUGAAUCAGCUUCUCUGGGGAGGGAUAGUCUUGGUGCAUCGUGAUCUCACGUCUGUCCGACGAGCAUCGACGCUACUGUCAGCGGCUGUUCUAACCGUCGCUGCCCUCCAUAUACCGAAUCGAACCGAGACACUCAACCGAUGCUACAAUGAGUAUGUAUCGCUUGUGUCGAGCAUGUCUUUGACGAGAGCUCAUACCCUCGAUGAUAUUCGCGCUCUUUGUGUCGGAGCUUUCUGGCUAUCCGAAUUAAGUUGGAAACUUUCUGGGCACGCUGUUCGAAUAGCCACAGAGUUGGGUCUUCACCAAAGCUAUCAUAAGCUAAUGCGUGGUCAUAACGAUCAGUAUGAACGCGCUCAGCUCUGGUAUCUUUUGUAUGUGUGUGACCACCAUUUUAGCAUCGCCUAUGGACGUCCACCAGUCAUUCAUGAGGAUGCAGCGAUCAAGAACUACGAAUCUUUUCUCCAGUCACCAAUGGUAGUACCCGGGGAUAUCCGGCUACUAGCACAAGUGGCCUUGUUUAUGAUUCUGACCGAAGCAUAUCGGACAUUUGGUACCGACACAGAACAAGCCCUCACAGAAGAAGACUUUGGGCAGUUACGGGUCUACAAUGUAGCUAUAGACCAAUGGCGGCUACUGUGGCAACCCCGAUCUGCCGAUAGCCCCUAUGUCCGAACGUAUCCCUCGAAAGGGGUUGUCCUUCACUAUCACUUCGCCAAAUUUCAACUCAACUCCCUCUCUCUGCGGGCUUUGUCUCCGACAAAUACCCCGGUGUUUUCUAUGGACCGCAAAGAGUCGGCUAAUAUUGCCAUCUCAUCCGCUAUGGCUUGUUUGAAUAUGGUGUUGGAGGAGCCGGACAUUCGCGAUGCCAUUGUUGGCGUUCCGAUUUUUACCCACACGAUGGUCACAUUCUCCGCCGUGUUUCUCUUGAAAGUCGCGAUAAACUGGAACUCUGCAUAUCUUAGCCUCGACGGCCGCCAGGUGCGACGCCUGGUAGAGCGGGUGAUUGAGCUGCUGAACUGUGUUUCUGCAGGGGAGAGACAUCUGACGAGACAUAUUGCCCGAGGCCUUGGUAAGAUGUUGGAGCGUUUCGACUCUUGGGACGCAUGGCAAGCAGGAGGGCCACCUGUUGUAGCAUCCGGGGGUGUUGAGCGACCAGGAAGCGAUGUUCCUGGGGGUGCCAAUGCCAUGGCCCAGGGGUUUCCCCCGCCGGAUUUAAUCUAUGAUAUGGUUGGUACAUACGGGUUUGGGUUAGAUGAAAAUCUCCUAGACCCUAGCAUGGCUAGUUUUGAAUUCUUAGCACAAUGA